UCAGUCGCACACCAACCCACGAGUGUAGCCGUUUGUAAAAAUACAACUCAUAAAUUGCUGUAUUAAAUUUCAUUGUAGUGUCGUUGAAGAUAGUUGAGUUAAAUCAUUAAUUUUUUAAAUUUAUUUCCCUUUCGAUAUUGUUUUGUGGAGUUUCUUUUUUUAAUUAAGAGGGAAAAUAUUUGGCGGCAUAAAGUCGGGUGUUUGCCAAGCAUCCACCCUCGAGCCCUGCUGAACGUAAACACAGCAACGUAACACAUAUCGGGUGACGUCACGUGACGUAUGGAAGAUAGGAAUUACGCUUACGACCCGGUUGGUCAGACCGGUGCGCCAGUCAACCAGCAAGCGUACAGAAUGGAGGCAGGGCAACUGUGGCGGCAAUAUGUCAUCGCCGGAAUCGCGAAUAUCGCGAUUGCGUCGACGGGUUACUCCAUGGGAUGGACGUCCCCAGUGAACCUGAAGCUUGCAGCUAACGACACCAGCAACCCUGUGGGCGAGCCUGUCACCAAGGACCAGGAGGCAUGGAUCGGAUCCCUGCUCACAGUCGGUGCUAUCUUCGGCCCAUUCCUCGGCGGUUUCGCUGCAUCAAAGAUCGGUCGCAAAUGGGGUCUCUUGAGUACCUCCAUCCCUCUGUUCAUUGGUUGGAUCCUGAUCGCUGCCACCAACAGUGUUGGCAUGAUCUACGGUGGCAGGAUUUUCUGGGGUCUCGCCGUCGGAAUGCUGUUUACCAUCUCACCCAUGUACUGCGCGGAAAUUGCUACGGAUGACUCGCGCGGUGCGCUCGGUUCGUUCCUGCAAGCGUUCAUCACGCUCGGCUACCUGCUGAUCUACGGCAUCGGGCCGUACGUGUCCUACAUGAUCAUCGCCUACGUCGGUAUCAUCUUCACUGCCGUCUUCGUCGUCGGAUUCUUCUUCAUGCCCGAGUCUCCCUUCUACUACCUGGCUAAAGGUGACAGGGAAGCAGCCGCUAGCUGCCUGGCCAAGAUCCGCGGCCGCUCCCACGCGGGCGUGCAGGCAGAACUCGACCUGAUGGCUGCUGAUGUCACCGCCUCCUUGGAGAAAACCGCUACGGUCGCCGACGUGUUCCGCGGCAGCAACUUCAAGGCGUUCUACAUCUCGUGCGCGCUGGUGUUCUUCCAGCAGUUCAGCGGCAUCAACGCCGUGCUCUUCUACAUGACCAACAUCUUCGAGGCCGCCAACUCCAGCCUCGACUCUGCCGUCGCUACCAUCAUCAUUGGUGUUGUACAGGUGAUUGCAUCUUGCAUCACCCCUCUGGUGGUAGACCGACUGGGUCGUAGGAUCCUGCUCCUCAUCUCAGCUUCCGGAACUGCUGUUGGUUUGGGUCUUCUAGGCAUGUUCUUCAUUCUGGCUGAGAAGGGUAGUCCAGUGGUGUCCAGCAUUGGUUGGCUGCCGAUCCUGUCGCUGGUACUCUUCAUAGUGACUUACUGCUGGGGUCUGGGUCCGCUGCCGUGGGCGGUCAUGUCCGAGCUGUUCCCGAUCGAAGUGAAGGCCAUCGCCUCGCCCAUCGCCACCGCCUUCUGCUGGGUCCUGUCUUUCUUGAUCACCAGAUAUUUCAGUGCCAUCGCCACUGCCCUGGGUAUGGGCGGCACGUUCUUCAUCUUCGGCGCGUGCUGCGUGGCUGCCUUCUUCUUCACGCUGUUCCUGGUGCCCGAGACCAAGGGCAAGAGCUUCCAGGAGAUCCAGGACAUCCUGUCUGGCAAGCCGUCCAAGCUGGAGAAGGCAUAAAGUGAUAGUUUAACGUGAAUAUUUUGUGUUAUAUGAAUAAUCGCUAGCUGUUAGUAUUACUGCAUCGGGCCAACCCACGCAUACGCCGUAACAAUCGGAAUAUUAGGGACAAUCGAAUACAGAACUAAACGAGAUACCGAUUUUACUACAUCCGAUUUUUGUAAAAAUCGGUUGCUGAAAUGUCAUUGAGAAAAAUCAAGAUUUAUUUAUAAAAUAUUUGAGAGAAUCGGUCGUGUUACGUGUUCCCUAGUUUCCGAUUGUUACGGUUUUCAUCUUGUUGAUUGGAGAUCAAAUGUCUGCUUAAUUUAUUCCAGUGAAAUUAUAUUUUUAUACGUACCUAGGUAAUUUAAUGUUGGGUCUCCAAUUCACAAGGUUUUUGUCGAGUAUAAUGCUAGGCAAAGUUUCUGGUCUUUCAAAAUGGGAUAACUAAUAACUUUGCCAAGUUUUAUACUUGAUUUCAACGGAUCAAAACAUUUGGACCAAUUUUUAUAUGUAUUUUAAUGAGAAUAGUAAUUUAUAACAAUGUCCCUUUACGUAUAUCUUAAUGUUCCUUAGUGUUGGUCGAUAAAUGAUCAAAGCUGGCCAUCCGCCAUUUUUUUAGGUGAUAUAAUAUUAUCGUAUGAGAAUGGUAACACUGGAAUAUAAAAUUGAUUCAUAAAUCGACAACUUUUUUUUUUUUGAGAAAAAACGUUAAGCAUAAAACUGUAUUAAACGCAGAAAGUUUAUCAAAAUUGUGCCAAAAAGUAUAGAAAAAUGACUUUCUGACAUUUUUAACCUACAAAUCUGACAUUGACAGAUGAAACAGUGUUGCCUAAGUUAAAAAAUGUUUGUUAUAAAGCCAGUGUUGCCAUUGUCGUGUGUAAGUUAUGUAACAAUCACAUUGUAAGUACAAACUAGUGGAAGCAACGAGCGGACGGACGCAACUAUUUGUGAUAGUAGCUAAUUAUUCUAUUGUACAUACCUAUUUAAUUAUUUUUAAUGUCUAAUCAUUAUUUUGUUACGAAUAAAUUGUUUUAUAUUGUGUUA